CGCAAGAUAAGAGAUCACUGAUGUGUCUCCCACGUAUUAAAAGUGAUCUUCACAUAUAAAGCUGGACAAAUAAUUAAGUUGUUUGUCUAAGUAUAUUGAAGAGGUCUGGCUUGACUUUGAGUUAGGUCAUCAGGUCAUGUCUAUUGAAGAUUUAUUAUCAGUUCAGUAAUACUAUAAAACUCUCUCGAAAGAUUAUAAGCAAUCAAAGAUUUUAGCAAUGAACAACACCACAGUUCAAUCUAAUCCAUUUGAAUUCCCAUCGCAAAUCUCCAUUUUGGUCAUUGCUUUCCUUGGUGUUAUUGCAAACGGGAUUUUAUUAGUUGUUUUGCUUUGGGAUCCUUUGAAAUGCUUCCGAAGACCGAGCAUGUACUUUGUCAUAAGUUUAGCAUUUUCAGAUUUCUUUACUGGUAUUGCAUCUUGUCUGUUUGCCGUGAAGGAUCAUGUUACCUCAGAGUACUUUGGCCUUAUUCUCCAGUCAGCGAUUUUUUGCAGCAUUGAAAAUUCUUUCAUCACAAUAUUACUGAUGUCGAUUGAGCGUUUAAUUGUGAUUAUGUUUCCAAUGAAAGCAAUAAGCAUUAUAACUUCAAGACGAAUAUUUAUAUCUAUAGGAGUCACGUGGUUUUUUUCAAUAUUACUUGGUGCCGCAGUGAGUUUUCCUCCUGGUGCAAUUUUCAACGACUACGUCAAGUUUGGAAUUCUUAUUGAAUGUUUCCUUAUUAUUCUUAUUAUGCUGGGAAUAUAUAUCCGAAUGAUCUUUCUGUUAAAGAACUCGUCAAAUGUAUUCCGUGAAAAUGGGUUUAUUCGUCAUAGCUCUUGCGACGCGAGAUCAAGAAGAUCAAUUGACAGAUAUCACAGAAGUCUUAAUACCGUUGUCUUCUAUCUUGCAUUGGUUCUUAUCAUAACCGUUUUACCUCAUUUAAUUCUCGGACAAGUGUACUUGGGUUAUAAAUUCUUUCACCCGAACCAUCCUAUGCCACUUUCCCUUCAGUAUGCCCCGUAUGUAACAUUUCCAAUCGAGUUGCUGAAUUUUGUCCUAAAUUCAGUCAUCUAUGCCUACAGAUUACCUCAAUUCCGAGCCUCGUUGUUUCAUUGUUGCAAAAAGAAAUCUGGAAAUCAGCGUCAGGAAACAGCUUUAAGGCGCAUCCUAUUUCACAACAAUGUACCAAAUGGUAACCACACUGUCGAUGACGACGUAUAAUUGUAGUUGAACAUUGGCCCAAAAACAGCAACUUUUUCAUCCUAUUCAGCAAACUAUUAGUUUCUUUCUCCUC